UAAUUCAUUUGUCAUAACAAAUUCAACGUGGUGUCUCAAUAACGCGGCGAAUCCCUGUAAAUUAAAUUAAAUAACUUUUUGAAUAGAAAAUAUUCAGUAUUUUACGCUAAAUCUCACUUGAAGAGCAUCACCUCUAAGUCACACACAGAAACAUGGUCGAAUCAAAUGGCGCCAGCAAAUUAUCGGAGCUCGAAUCCAACAUAAUCCGUCAACUCGAGUAUUAUUUCGGCGAUUCCAACCUCAAUCGCGACAAAUUCCUGCAAGAACAAAUUUCCAAAGACGACGGAUGGGUCCCGGUCAAGACACUUCUCACGUUCAAACGACUUCAAGCUUUGUCGGAAGACGAAAAAGUCAUUGUCGAUGCCAUUGAGAAGAGUGACGAGGGUCUCGUGCAAGUCAGCGAGGAUCGUACCAAGCUUCGUCGUCAUCCGGAACGCCCGUUGCCCGAACAAAACGAGGAACAUCGCAAGGAGGUUAUGUCCCGUACUUGUUACGUCAAAGGAUUUCCCCUCGAUGCCGACAUGAACACUUUAAUCGAGUUUUUCCGCGGUUUCGACAAAGUCGUCAACAUCGUGAUGCGCAAAUAUCACGACAAGGGCACGAAAGAGUACAAAUUCAAGGGAAGUGUUUUUGCGACAUUCGCCACGAAAGAUCAAGCGGAGGCAUUUUUGAAGUUGGAAGGCGUCAAACACAACGAAGUCGCACUAAUUCGCAAAUGGCAGGACACGUACAACGAGGAAAAACGCGAAGAACGCAACGCCAACAAGAAGAAAAAGGACGCGGCGAAGGAAGAAGAGGAAAAAGAGAAAAUCGAGUUGCCCAAGGGAGCCACAAUUAACUUAGAUGGCUUCGAUCCGGAAGCAACACGUGAAAAAAUUCGCGAAUCGUUGCAAGAAGCCUUGGGAACGACGCAAAUUGCCUUCAUUGAAUUCGAAAAGGGACAAACUUCGGGCCAUGUGCGCUUCCAGGAGGCUGACAGCGCCAAAGGAGUGCUCGAAAGAUGCAAAGACGGCAAAAUUACGGUGAACGACAAAGAAAUCACGGUUCGCGUCUUGGAAGGCGAAGAAGAAGAGGAAUAUCUGAAGGAACAAAUUAACAACAUUCGGGAACGACGUCAAGCAUUUAAUUCGCGACACAAGGGACGUCGCGGCGGAAAUCGCGGAAACGACAAAUUUAACAAGGGCGGCAAGAAACGCAAGGCCGAUGAUGCUCUCGAUGGCGAUGACGGCGACAAAGUGUCGAAGAAACAAGAAGUUGAUGCUUAAAUUCCUUUUAAUUUUUUUUUUCAUUAAUUUUAAGACCGUUUAUAUUAAAAAAAUAAAUUUUAAGAGAAUUUCUUGAACUAAAAAAAUUUUUUUUUCAGU